AUGUCAUUGGCAUCAACUCAGUCUUAUACGAAAUUCGACGCCUUUUCGACCGCGACAAAAACAGAGAUUAAAAGGCUCGCUGGAGAUUCCUGCUGGGUUUGUCAGGCUACAGAGCCUCAGAUCUGCUACGUGAUAGCAAAGGAAGACAAGCAGGUGGACCUUUGGUUGAACGCAGGCCUCAUCGACUUCAGCCUAACAUCGCCAGCAAAUGGGAUCACGCUCUGUGGAAGCUGUCACCCGCAAUUUGAUCGAGAUCACAACCCAGGUGUCGACAUCAAAGAGUGA